UACAAAUUAGAGUUGUCCAUGCAGCCUUGACGUCAUGUGCUCCCCCCUCGACCUCAGCAUAAAGAUCACGCUGCGAUCUUGUUGGUUCCUCCUUACCUUCUUGCGUCGCGCAUUUCUUCAACUCAGGCACUCCCGAUCGACAACGAUUUCGCAAGCUUUUCAUGGCCUACAACUACUACCGCCAGAACGGCCAAGGCGGGUGGGGGACUAACCAAUACCAAUUCGGCCCUCCACCAACACCGGGCUUCCAGCCUCAGCCAUCUUGGGGUGGCCUGGACUUCUAUCGCGCCCAUGCCCUCAGUCCCGACGAAUCGCUGUACCGACACGCGUACGAGACCGUCCGCGCGCCUAUUCCUGGUUUGGGUGUUGGCCUGCACGAGGCUCGCCACUGGCAUCGUCGCGCUUAUGGUGGAUUGGUCGACCCUUUGUCCCUUACGCCCGACGAACUUGGUUACGCGUCCGCCUACGAGGCCUACCGCGUCUGGAUCCACAAUGCAGACAUCGUCCAGCCCAUCAGCGGUGACCCCGAACGUCAGCGAGAAGCCAUGAUUGGGCUCGCCGUGGCUGAAGCCGCCCGGGCGCUUCAGUACUCUGGACGUGUAUGGGACACCUACAGUCGCAAUCGAGCCGCGGAUGCCGCUGCAGCCACCGCUGCUAUCAUCUACGACCAGGUCGCGGAUGACAUGGAGGAUGAAUACGAAUACGGCGGACGCCGGGCACGUUCCCGUCGUGGCUCUGUAGCCUCGAUAGGUUCUUCUUACGCGGACGACUACGACCCAUACCAGCAGGACUUCCGAGCCCGUCCUCGUCGUCGCCAUCGCUCCGUUUCCGGUGUUCGUCGCUCAUACUCCCAGGGCCCGCCCCUCACGCCACCUAUACCCUAUGCGGGAAGCCCAAUGCCAGGAGGAAUACCACCUAUGGCUGGCUCCGCGUCCUCUACCGGGUCCUACAGCCCCAGCCCCUACCAAGGCCAGCAGUACGGUACACCAUACGCUGGUUCCGCGUACGGCAGCACACCUGGUAUGGGCACUGUCGGCGGCAUGGGUGGGGGUAUGGGAGGAAUGGGCGGAAUGAGCGGUAACAUGGGAGGAGUGCCAGGCAGUAUGGGCGGAGGCGGCGUGCCCAUGUCCAUGCCCUCGGCAGCCGGGAGCGGCUACCAGGUCCAAACCAUGCCCCCACAAGCCAACGGGAUGCCUGCGCCCAUCGUCAUCAAGCCCCAGUCGACCGGCUACGAGCGGCGCCGCGCGCAGUCCAUGUCAGUGCCCUAUCCCGGGCAGUACCCGGGCGCGCAAUACGGAUCGCAAUACGGCUCUCAGUACGGCGGCAUGGGGAUGCAGCCCGGUAUGGGUGGCAUGCAACCGGGAAUGAUGGGGCAGCCGGGGAUGGGCAUGGGCAUGGGCAUGGGCAUGAACCAAGGCUACGGCUUGGGCACUGGCCUGGGCAGCGGUGGGAUGCAGUAUGGCGCGCAGCCGGGGUACCAGACGGGCACUAUGCCGGGUCAGCCCAUUAUCGUGCAGGUACCGCGGAGGCACAAGCACCGUCACAAGCACCACCAUCGGAGCUCGAGCCGGCAUGGGAGGAGUCGGUCGAGGCAUUGAGGGGCAUCUACUCUCGAAGCACGGCUGGGUCGUGUCUGGACGGACGCUGGCUUCCGUCCGGGACAAUGCCAGCUUCGAAGAUGGGGUCGAUGUACGAAGUACCUGGCGAGGAGGGUCUAUCACCGCAUGUAUAACACGACGAGCUCGAGACUAAACGGACGUUGCUAAUUGUAUGCUAUCUCUUAUUUGUACUUGUGCACCUGUACGCAUUUUGCUAGUCGUUGCUUCCCGCUUGUUUGCUUCUAAUCAUUAAUUCAUGUUGUCUCUCCGUA